CGCCCUUGACAAAAUCCAAAACAUGCCACUGCCAGUGACUCGACGUGUUAUGUGACAAAGUUAGUGACCUAUAUUUUGCCAAAAGAAUGGCAGAACCACCAAGCUCAACGCUACAAGUAUUUCCCAAAUUUACAGAACUGAAUGAUCUUGUGAACGAGAAGGUCGGAGGGAAAAUCCUUUACGCCACUGAUGAUUGGUUUGCUGUGGCCGAGAAUUUGCUGAAGUCAGAGGACCCUGUGUUUAAGCCUGGAGUUUUUACAAAGUAUGGGAAAUGGAUGGAUGGAUGGGAAACCAGAAGAAAAAGAAUCCCAGGGCAUGAUUGGUGUAUCAUAGAAUUAGGUGUGCCUGGUAUUAUAAGUGGGGUAGAUGUGGACACCUCCUUCUUCACAGGGAACUACUCCCCACAAGUCUCUAUCCAAGCAGCUGUCCUUUCUGGAGUUGCUGUCGAGAGUAUUCCAAAGAGGAAGAGUAAGAUGGGGACGGCGACCACAAUGGUGAUGUCGGAUCAGAUCAAAAAGCUAAAAUCUGAGGAAUGGCAAGAACUGGUUCCACAAACUCCUCUGAAGCCAGGAUACAAAACUUCAUGCCACAACUUCUUUGAGGUUAACAGUAAUGAGAGAUGGACCCAUAUACGACUGAAUAUGUACCCUGAUGGUGGCAUUGCGAGGUUGAGAGUUUAUGGACGGUCUGUCCCUGACUGGUCAAAAGUGUCCAAAAAUGCAAUUAUAGACCUGGUGGCAAUGGAGAAUGGAGGCACAUGUAUUGGUUAUAGCAAUGUCCACUUUGGUCAUGCUCGUAACUUGAUUCAGCCGGGAAAGGCAGAAACAAUGGCCGAUGGUUGGGAGACUGCUCGCAAGCCUGAUAGACCAGCUAUUCUAGAAGCUGAUGAAGAGGGCAUUCUUCAAGUACCAGGAGAUGACUGGUGUGUUUUUCGUCUAGGACAUCCAGGAAUUGUAACAAAGGUUAUUAUAGACACAAACCACUUCAAGGGAAAUUACCCUGACUCUUGCAGGAUAGAAGCCUGCAACAUCACAGAGGAGGAGGAAGAAGAUGCAAUGAAAGAGAGGAAUGGGGGGCCAUGGAAGACCCUCUUACCCCCCAAGAAAUUGUACGCUCACCAGGAACACGAGUUUGGUCGUCAUAGCAUUCACAACUGUGGAGUAGUGAACCAUGUCCGGCUCACCAUGGCUCCGGAUGGUGGCAUUAGUCGUAUGAGGCUGUUUGGGUAUAUCCAGGAUCCGGAUGAUCCUGAAGGAUCAGUGGUCAUCGGUGAUGGACUAGCAGAUGACAAGGACAAUGAGGAAACUCAGGAAAACGACGAAUCGCCAAAGAAGAGAAAGAAAACGACCAAGUAGGAAGUGGUUGAGAUAAAAAACAUAGCGAUUUAUACUUCCGGUCAAUGUUUUCAGUAUUAGAGGCUGUUUUACUCUGCCAUAAUAGCUAAGAUCUCGAAUCAACGAAGUAUUCAUAGUAUUUUUUGUUAGUGAUAUUAUUUUUAUACGUAUUUUUGUGACAAGUUGGGCAUCGCAUAUCUGUUGUAUUUUAAAGGUCGGUAUUCAUCAUAAAAUAAUGUUUAGAAUGCAUUUUCCUGCCACUGCCAUAACUUAAAAUAACAUGGCUAUAUUUUUUUCUGUUUUGGCAUGUUUUCUUCAAGUACGAGACAAAGUAUUUUUAACCAUAUACAUAUGUACGUUUUGUUUUAUAAUUUGAAUAUUUUACUUAAUAUAUGGUGUGCAGAAUUAUGAUAUCUAGAAUAUUUAUCAGUUUCCUGGUGCUGCUAGUGAUGUACCCGUAUUAUUGCUAACUAUGAGCUCCGGCUUCUUAUUAUCAAAUAGAGUAACCUGCUUGAGGGAGUUGUUAUGCUUUAUUAUGAAGAACUGUAUUAUAUUUUAUUAUGAACGAAGCUGAAUAAUAUACAAGGUUAUUUUUAUAUGAAAUAAAUAUUUUAUUAACCAGA